AUGAUAGAGAAGCAGAGCUUCGCCCUGGAGGCCAAACGCCUGCUUGAGGCCUCUGCGGAGGGGGAAUGCUGUGGGAGCUGCUCGCCUCCCCCUGCCCCCCCUCAGCUGUCGCCUGUACUCAUCGUGGAGGAGACGGGCUUCGCCACCGUGAGGCUGCUCCGAGAUGGAGACGUCUGCCUGACUGCAAGUGAGGGAUGCAUGGAGGAGACGAGCGGCGAUCCAAACUGCCCAGAGGGGCAAAGGAAGGGCCGGAGGUUGUCAUUCCAGAUCUUCCCGGACCCCGUGGAGGUGGCCCUGGACCCCGAAGCCACCAUGAACCGGCUGGACCUCGGCCACGUGAAGGAGCGCCUGCCCUCCAUCGUGGUGGAGCCCACGGAGCUGAGCGAGGUGGAGAGCGGGGAGCUGCGCUGGCCCCCGCAGAGCGUGGACAUGGAGGAGGACGAGGAGGACCUGUUCUUGGAGCAGUGCAUCCCUCCGGCUAACAUCGCGGACUGGGGAGAAGAUGAGGAGGAGGAGGAGGAGGAGGAAGAGGAGACGUCUGUCAUACUCAACGAGCACCACGGCAUGACACUCAUUGACCUUCAGUCGGACGCAUUUCGAGACGACACCCCCACCCUCCCUCCGAGCAGCGCUCCGGCCCUCAACUGACUCGGGGGGGGGGGAGACGACGGAACUGAAAACACAAAUCUCAAAACACGUCCAACGCCAAAAAACAGCUACACGGCGACUCAAUAUUUAUGUUCUCAUCUAUAAGAAUGUAAACACACACACACGUCUGCAGCCACCAGAGAGAAACACAAACACACAAACACACGUUGUCAUUGACACAAAGGUCAGCCGGCUGAUGGUUGGAUUUCAGCAAUACUGCUUGAUGUGUUUUUUUUUCUUUCUACUUUUAAAAUAACUUUUGCUGACGUCGUAACUUUGUGUUUCAUUUCCCUUAUUAGUUCAUGAUUUUUAAGGGCUCACUGAUGUCAUGGGACUAAAGGAGAACAUCGCGAUGGGGCUGCUGAUUUUUCUUUAGUUUGUCCAUUUACACUUCGUCCCUCGACCGUAAUAAACACGUUGCUCGGAGGCAUCAUCUUGACCCCAGAGGGGACAUUUACCUGCUUAUAGCUUCAGUUUAAUGUGUAUUAAGUGCUGCUCUGGAUCCACUUGGAAGCAUUGUGACCACAUCCGUUGGUUAUACUACUUCUCAUUGUGCAGGAUGCUGGUGACAAAUACCGACUAAAGUUGGGAUCUCAAUUUCCCAGAAUCCCUGGUCAUAGUCUUGGUCUUGGUGGACAGGAGUUGGACGUCCAGUUUGUUGUCAUCCACGUUGAGCUGCAAAAAGUCCGGCAGCUCUAGUAGUUUUUCAUUAACAGUCGUAGGUACUGUAGAGAAUUGUAAUAGUGUUAUGAUACUUAUUUCUGUUUAGGCUGAUUUGUGAGUAACUUGUAUAUAUGGAAAAAUGUUUGUGUAAUCAUAGAAUCACAAU